AUGGAUAAGCGUGCUCCUGAUCCGAUUAUUAUUCUAAAAGUCGACACCAACUGCUGUGAUGAUUGCUCGGGAAAACUGCAGAAAGCAUUGUUGGAGAUUAAUGGUGUUAAUCAAGCUAUUGUUGAUCCACAAAAGAAAUCGGUAUCAAUUAGAGGCAAUGCAAACUCUUGCAUGCUGAUUGAGGAAAUUGCCAGGAUGGGAAAGAGAGCAGAACUCAUGUUCUAUGACAAGGAGCCUAAAGUUGAAGGACACCACCAAAAGAAUGUGAGAUUCGCUCAAGGAAAGCAUCCGUCCACAGAUGAUCAUCAUAAGCAAAAUGUUAGACAAGAUGAUGGACACAAACACUUUUGUUGUGAUGAUCAUGAUGAUGGUGGGGAGGAAAAUAUGCCUUCAUGGGGUAGUAAAAACAUUUUUGGGAGCCACAGUGAUUAUCCUAGACAGACACAUUUUUGUCCAGAAAGUUCAAGGCAUGAUGCUAGGAAUCCAAAUUACUCGAGAUGGUUUAGGGAGGAGCCACUUCCGUAUGACCAUCCACGAUGGAGAAUGCCGCCGCCGCCACCUUCAUCUUAUUUCUAUGGUCCGUUCAGGGGGAGGAGGCCCAUGUCUCAAUUUGAUCACUUUCCCCACUAG